UGAACGUCGUGGAGGCCCUUCAGGAGUUCUGGCAGAUGAAGCAGUCGCGGGGAGCCGAUCUGAAGAACGGAGCCCUGGUGGUGUACGAGAUGGUCCCUUCCAACAGCCCCCCUUACGUCUGCUACGUCACCUUGCCGGGCGGGAGCUGCUUUGGCAGCUUCCAGUUCUGUCCCACCAAGGCCGAAGCCCGCAGGAGCGCCGCGAAGAUCGCGCUGAUGAACUCGGUCUUUAACGAGCACCCCUCGCGGAGGAUCACGGACGAGUUCAUUGAGAAGAGCGUUUCGGAGGCGCUGGCAUCUUUCAACGGCAAUCGGGAGGAGGCCGAUAACCCCAACACCGGGAUCGGUGCGUUUCGCUUCAUGCUGGAAUCCAACAAGGGAAAAUCGAUGCUGGAGUUCCAGGAGCUGAUGACCGUCUUCCAGCUG